UAUAACUAUUAAACGCUUCGCCAACGCGGCUCUGAUCGGAAAAUUCCCAAUUUGCUUCGAUCUCUUACCUUCUUGUUGGACCCCAGGAUUCUGAAAUUGGUUUUACCGAUUCGUCUACUUCCCAUUCCAUUCAUCACUCCUCGGAUUAGGUUUUCAUGGCGUCCAGUUCGUUUCGUGGCGGUAGUUCCUUCUACAAUGGCGACGCCGCCCAUUUUCGCUCCAGGGAGGGGCUUAGCACAAGACCGGCGGCUUCUUCCGAUGAAAUUCAACUGCAGAUCGAUCCGAUGCAAGGGGACUUGGACGACGAGAUCGUUGGUCUCCACAGCCAAGUUAAAAGGCUUAGAAACAUUGCUCAAGACAUUGGGACAGAAGCAAAGUCUCAGCAAGAUUUUCUAGAUCAGUUGCAAAUGACAUUGAUAAAAGCUCAAGCGGGGGUGAAGAACAAUGUAAGAAGAUUGAACAAAAAGAUCAUACAGAAUGGAUCAAAUCAUGUCGUCCAGGUCGUCGUAUUUGCAUUGAUCUGUUUCUUUAUAGUAUACAUGUGGUCGAAAAUGUCCAGAAAAUGAAUGUUUUUUCUCAUUUUGCUCUCUAUGAAUGGAAUACAAGUUUUCUGGCCGGCGAAAAGGGAAAAGAAACAGGAAAUGAUGUCUAAAAUACACUGUCACCUCUCAGGUUAUAGCAUCGGACAGUGAUAAAAUAGGCUUUUGUUUCUCUUGUAAAAACUUUUGAGUAUACUUUUUAUACGUCACGAUGUAACUUUAUAGUAUUAAUUUAUUCAUGCCUAAGGUUUUGUUUUUAUGGGA